AUGCAGAACCCCCAACUCCGACAGCUCUCCCAGGCCCGACGCCGCGACUCCUCCCAAACCCUCCCGCAAAACUACGCCUAUCCUCUCCAACGACACAAUUCCUAUCCCAAUCAUACUCCGCAUCGGGAGAACGACCGCGCCGCGAUGCAGUCCGAACACUUCUUGCGGCGGAAGACCCCCAGCGGCGUGCUGACCGGAGCAUACGAUGGGACCUCCGUGGAGCAAAUCGAGCGACCACACGCCAUGAAACAUAUCCUGCUUCCCGUCACUUCGUCGCCGCCGAUGGACACCGGGAUGCUGAAUAUGCCGUUGCAAGGAGGCUUGACCGAACUGCCCCUGCGGUCGCCUGGCAUGGCUGGAAACGGCGGAGCCCAUUAUCAGGCCCGCAACAAGACCGAUAUCUGGGGUGGUGCCGGACAUACUGGACUGGAUCCGAAUAUGUCCAUGGACAUGUCCUUCGGCCAACGAGUCACGCCCCAGAUCGAUUCGGUUCUCAAUCAAUCCCUUUAUCAGAAUCUCCCGGUUCACUAUCCGAAUUAUGCGUCGCAGAACUGGGGGAUUGUUCCACCAUCCUUCCAAAACGCACUUAGUCCUACCACUCUCAACGAUCAAGGGUCCGCCUAUCCUUCAUUCUGGCAGAACGGGUAUUCUAUGCCUUUCCGACCCGCAGCGAUGAGAGAUAACCGAUACCCCGUGGCGCCCCUCUGGCAACAACCACCGCAAUUCAGUGCUCUCGGUCCUCUGGUACCCGAUUGGCAAACCGGAAUCAAUACCAAUUUUUCCCAUCCGCUAUACCCGCCGAAUCCCAACCUAUCCAAUUUCCCUGGACCUCAUACCCCUGAAGCCGCCGCGACGUCAUAUCCCAAUCAUGGAGCGAACCAUGUCUACCCUCCUGUACAUGUGAUGAACCAAUACAAUAAUGCAACGAUACCACAAAAUUUCGGUCACGGAACCGCGGACCCAGCUCUAGGUGUGUGUUCAUCCGGACAGUCCACGCCGCGCGGGCCGCCAACGCCGUCGUUGCGGCCAUUAGAAACGAAUUCAAGCAUGGAGAACGCGCGGAUGCGGGAACGCGUCUUCGCGCAGGCGCACGUGGUUUACAUCGAGCUGCUCAAAUUCCUUCACCAAACCCGCAAACUGAAUGAUAAUGGAAAGCGCUCGAAUUCACGUCCGGCGAUCUACCCCAAACCACCGCGCCAGCCGGGUGUGGACUUUUCAGCUUCCACUUCACAUUCACAUUCCCAUCACUCCAAAUCGCGGAGCACCUCGUCCUUUGCCAACGAGCUCAAUAAGCAGCGCAACGACCGAAUUGACCCCUCCGUCAUUCCACACCGUCACAACACGCCGAAUUGGCAACACCCGGAAAACGUCCGCCCCGACGGCUGGCAACCGGAUCCCUACCAGCAACGACGAUCGUCGCAGCAACACAUGGAUCCGCCCUCGCUCUGGGGCCCGCACGGAUUCGCGCCGAAUUACGGCCACAUCACCCAGAUCCGCGAUCAGAUGCGGACGUUGCGAAGGAUGUCGGGGACAUCUGUGUCGCCGAUGGAUCAGAAUCUUCGUGAAACGCAUUAUCAUCAACUGGCGAGACAGUGUCUGGAGACGUUGUGCCUAUAUUGUGAGAAUAGCAAUUGGCAAUGGAUUGAGGGGUUGCUAUUGGCAGGGUGCUUGGCGUACGCGUUGGGGGACUAUCAGCAUGCGCUGAAAUUAUACUCGAAUAUCCUGGAGUUGGACCAGAACCAUGUGGAAGCGAUUGGAAACUUGGCCGCGACGUUCCUCGCCAUGCACGACAAGAAACAAGCCGAGCAUUAUUGGAUUCGCGCCAUAAAACUUCGGCCCAGUUACUUCGAAGCGGUGGAACAUCUCAUCGGCCUUCUUUGCAACGAGCAUCGAGGAAAAGACGCUGUCGCCGUCAUCGAAUUUGUCGAGCGUUCCCUUCAAAUGAAGAAACGCGCCGAAUCCAACGACUCUCGAGGUGAGCUCUCCAACGCGUCGAAAUCCCCAUGCAUGUCCGAGACGUCCGAUAAGCCGGUCUUUGAGUACGACGGCGACACCGACAUGGCCUUCAAAGACCCGAACGCCGUUUCCAAAGAGCCUGGAUUCGGGUCCAGUGGAUAUGCCAUCCCCGGCGCCGAGAAUGGACGCAUGCUCCAAUUGAUCCACGCCAAGGGAAACAUGCUGUACGCCAUGGGCGACAACGUCGGCGCCGCCAAGGCAUUCGAGACCGCCGUCCUGAUUGGUGCGGGCCGACGAAUGAAGACUAUCAGCGGCCUGAUCGCGCAUAUCAUCGGAGUCCUCACGACCGGGUUUCCCGACCUCCUGAACUUUCAGCACCAGACCCUCGUCUCCGAUCCAAUCCUAUUGCCGCCCGAGAAAGCGCUGUGGACUCACAAGCUAUGCUUCCAACCGGAUGGGCAACUGCCCGGUUUGGCCGACCUACAUUCCGAUGGGGUGUCCAAGAAGGCCGCGAUAUCGACCACGAGCAAUUCGCUACUAUCGCUCGCGAAGAUCUUCCAGGAUGGGAUGGCGUCGAAUUCGAUGAAGAACGGAGGUUAUCAAUCAUCAUUCAGCGUUCGCGACAUCCUCGCCCUUUAUUAUCUAUCCCUUGCGCUUCAGCCCAGCCCCUCCACGGCAAACAAUGUUGGCAUCCUCCUGGCGGGCGUCCAGCAAGCCGUUCCGAACCCGCACUUGUCCAACCAAGCGUCAGUCUUGCCAGGGGUGAUACCUGGCAGCGGUGUCGCCCUCGCAUUGCUGUACUACAACUACGGCCUCAACCUGGACCAACGCCACGCGCACCUCUACACGAACCUCGGAAGCCUCCUGAAAGACAUCGGCCAGCUCGAGGCCGCGGUGAAGAUGUACGAGCAGGCUGUCAAUUGCGACGGCACCUUCGACAUCGCGCUUGCCAACCUCGCCAACGCCGUCAAGGACCAAGGCCGCAUCGCCGACGCCAUCACCUACUACAAGCGCGCUGUCGCGUCCAGCCCCGACUUCGCCGAGGCAGUCUGCGGCCUCGCCAACGCACUGAACUCCGUCUGCAACUGGGCCGGGCGAGGCGGGAUCGCGGCGGACGGGGGAAGGCGGGAUCGAUGGCACGUCAACGAGCAUGGGAUGUUGCUGGAUUCCGCGCAGGCGGGUGUGAUUAACUCCGGGUGGAUGAAGCGGGUGGUCGAUCUCGUGGAGAAGCAGCUGGCCGACGGGGAGUACUGGGGCAAGGGGUCCAUCAACGAGACGUUCCUGGCGCAGAUCACCCGCGUGCUCGCCCUGGGGUGCAGCUCCCAGCAGCUGAAAGAGAAGGCAGAUAGCAUGAAGAUGACGCUGGGGAAAUGGGCCGGGCAUCGGUGGGAGGGGGCGAGGAUUCUUCGGUUGAUCGAACGGUCGAUUCGGCGGCUCGUCUGGCUGUGGUACCAGGAUCGGUACCUGAAGAAACGGUCGCGGCCCAUCUCGACAUAUACCCGACCGACGCUGCCGUCGAACCUUACCGUUCCGGCCGCGCCGACGGUCUUGCCGUUCCACACAUUCACGUGUCCGAUGUCCGCGAAGCAGAUUCGGUUGAUCUCCCAGCGGAACGGGCUUCGGAUCUCGUGCACCACGCUCAAAGCGCCAUGGUUACCAAAGACCGUCUACCCUCCUCCCGCACCACCGAAACCGUACCUGAAAGUCGGCUACGUCUCCUCCGACUUCAACAACCACCCCCUUGCGCACCUCAUGCAAUCCGUCUUUGGAAUGCACGACACCAAGCGCAUCAAAGCCUACUGCUACGCCACCACCGCCAGCGACAAGUCCAUCCACCGCCAGCAAAUCGAGCGCGAGGCCCCCGUCAUAUACGACGCCAGCGCCUGGUCCGCCGAGAAGCUCGUCAACCAAAUAGUCGCCGACGGCAUUCAUAUCCUCGUCAACCUCAACGGCUACACCCGCGGCGCCCGCAACGAGAUUUUCGCCGCCCGCGCCGCCCCAAUCCAGAUGUCCUUCAUGGGCUUCGCCGGCACCCUAGGCGCCGAGUGGUGCGACUACCUCCUCGCCGACGAGACUGCCGUGCCGCCGUCGACGCUGCGUCCAUGGCGGCGCAACGUCGAUUUCGAAGACCAGCUCGUGGAUGAGAAUUUCGGCGGCGGCCAGGAGGACUGGGUGUAUAGCGAGAACAUCAUCUAUUGCCGUGAUACGUUCUUCUGCUGUGAUCAUCGGCAGAGCGCGCCGGAUGCGCAUGGAGGGCAGUUGGACUGGGACGCGGAGCAGAUGCGGCGGUGGAAGAUGCGGAAGGAGAUCUUUCCGAAUCUGGCGGAUGAUGUGUUGAUUUUGGGAAAUUUCAACCAGUUGUAUAAGAUCGAACCCACCACCUUCCGCACCUGGCUCCGCAUCCUCUCCCGCAUCCCCAACUCCGUCCUCUGGCUCCUCCGCUUCCCCGACCUCGGCGAAACCCACCUCCGCCACACCGCCCACCAAUGGGCCUCUCCCGAAGUGGCCUCCCGCAUCAUCUUCACCGACGUCGCCCCGAAGCACCAACACAUCGCCCGCGCGCGCGUCUGUGACCUCUUCCUCGACACUCCCGAAUGCAACGCGCACACCACUGCCGCCGACGUCCUCUGGUCCGGCACCCCGCUGCUCACCCUCGGUCGCUAUCCCUACAAGAUGUGUAGUCGCAUGGCGGGAAGCAUCCUCAAGGGCGCGCUGCCGAAGACGGAGGAGGGGCGGAAGGCCGCGAACAUGCUGAUCGCGAACAGCGAGGAAGAAUACGAGAACCUAGCGGUGCAGUUGGCGCUGGGGACGCGGUACGAUCGACAUCGCGUGGUGGGGCGGCUGGGGGGGUUAAGGCGGCUGCUGUAUGAGAGCCGGAUGACGAGCGCGCUGUUCGAUACUAGGCGGUGGGUGGGCGAUUUGGAGGACGCAUGCUGGGUGGCGUGGGAGCGGUGGGUGAAGGGGGAGGGGGGGGAUAUUUGGUUGGCGAACGAGCCGCGGGGCGGAUGA